AUGACGACAAUACAUGGGAAUAACAAAGUACACGACAUCAAUGAAGGUGGAUCAAUGCGGGCCUGUCAAGUGGCUCACUGGCUGCGCUUCUCGGCUAUUAGGUGGAUGGUGGAUACGGUUCGGAGCCCAGGGCAGCCAGCCGCGGAUAGUGGUAGAAGUGGUUGCGAAUGCACAAAUGCUGGAAUAUGGUUGAAGAGAUUCCUGGGUUUUAAAAGUGGCGAUUUUGACGCCAGCGACAAAGAAUGCAAACGGAGGCCAAAAGAGCUUGAAUACGCUGAGAUGGAGGCUUUGUUAGACCAAGAUUCGUCUCAAACUGAAGAGGAGCCUCCUGAAACCGUGGGAAUGACUCGACAAGCGAUUUCAAGCCGUCUCAAGGCUAUGGUGCAAAAAUGUGGAAGUUGGAUUCCGUACGAAUUCAACCCAGGAGACGUCGAACACCGUUUCUUCACGUGCGAACAACUGCUCCAAGAGCAAUAUCGAAAUAGUUUCUUGCACUUAGUCAUGACAAGGGACGAAAAAUGGAUCCACUACGAUAAUCCAAAGCUCAGAAAAUCGUGGGUUGGGUCAAUACGACAUGAAGCACGGACAUUUGCGGAAACGGCUGCGCUCGGAAGCGGUGCGGUAGAGAAAGCGGUUGGAAUCGAAGUGGGACCAUGGCGAACUACAGAACAAUGCCCAAUCCCUGGUGCUGGAAAAGAGUGCUCAAACCUAGGUGUUUGGUAUUACGAGUGCUGUGGCACACUUUACACGGAUUGCUGUGGAAAGCUAUCGAUAGCUGGAUGGAUCCUUAUUGGCGCCCUUGCAGUGAUAAUCAUACUGAUCAUCGUUUCACUUGUAUGCAGAAAAAAGUAG